AUGAAGGUCGAAGUGCAAAUCAAGAAACUGAUCAAGCCAUCCGCCCCGACGCCGAACCACCGUCGAAAGCUAAACAUUUCAUGCAUAGAUGAGCUUCAGCAUCCAGGCUAUGCCGGUUUCCUAUUCUAUUACCGGGUCGAUGGAGAAAACCAUGAAGAUGAUAUUCUCCAGAGGCUUCGCCGUUUGGAGGAGUCGCUUUCAGAAACCCUAGUGAGCUUCUACCCUCUAGCCGGUCGGUACGUCGAGGAAGGGCUCUUUAUCGACUGUAACGACCAAGGAGUAGAAUUUGUGCAUACGAGAGUGAAUGGCCAGCUCGAUCAUCUCCUCCGGGGAGACUUCGACACGGACCUGCUCGGCUGUUUGUCCGAGUUCCCGGUGGGACUAGCUGGCAAUCCCCUAGUCGUAGUUCAAGUGAACGUAUUCGAGUGUGGGGGACUCGUGAUCAGCCUGCGCUCUUGUCACAAGUUAGGCGACAUGUCCGCUAUGGCGACAUUCAUGAAUUCAUGGGCCACCGUGUGCCGGAGUCGAACCAACGAGUUAGCCUCGCCAUAUUUCGGGCUGUCCUCUCUAUUCCCAGGGAAGGGGUCGGAAGCCACACGUUGGCUUCCACUCCGUGGUGGAGUAAAAUUUAUGAUGAAUCGGUUCGUAUUCAGCGGCGCGGCCCUAUCAAGACUAAAAUCAGCUGCGGCUAAACAGGUGCGGAUAUCGAGAGUGGAGGUCGUGUGCGCACUCUCGAUGAACCUGCGUGGGAAAGUCAAUCUCCCGAUACCAACCGAUGCGUUCGGUAACUUCUACACCAUGGUCGUUGCCCGACACAUGAUGGAUCCGGACAACCUGAACCUCGAGGCAUUUGCGAGGGCGAUCCACGGUACAUUGGCGACCGCCAAGGCGAGGUAUGCGGCGGUAGCGGAUGGAGAGUCGUGCGUGGACAUGGUGAGGGAUUCCACAAGAGAAUCCAAGGAAUGGGCCCAAAAUGAUGGAGAGAACGUGGUGGCCUUCUCAAGCUGGUGCGGAUUCCCAUUCUAUGACAUCGACUUUGGGUGGGGGAAGCCGGACUUGGUGAGCAACACCUGCAUUCCUGUCCGCAUGGUUUUUCUGAUCGAUAGCAAAUCCGAGGGUGGAAUCGAUGCGUGGAUCAAUCUAAGCCAAGAGGAGAAGGUUCUUUUCGAGCAAGACCCUGACAUUGUGACUUUCACUUCCUGA